AUUAUGAAAUCAAUGAGAAUGACAAGGGUGAAGAGGAAUUAGCACCUGAUACAAGAAAGCGAAGAGGAUCAGAGAAACCAAACUUUAAACCGGGUUCGAAUCAAAACGGUGCAAAAAGAAGAAGAGGAGAUUCGAAGCGUCGGCGGAGGGGUUUCUAGAGGACCGACGAUAUCCGAGUGUGCGGACGAAAAUACCCCUAGUAUUGGUGGAGCUUUUGCUCCCUAUCUCUAUCGUAGAGAAGUUGUUUUUCUUGUUUUGUUGACGAAAUAUGUUCCUAUCUCUAGUUCCAACGCAACCAAUUUGUACCUCACGGACCCACCGUCUUGACUCUUCACCUCGCAGAACUACUCCUCGGCCUCUUCACUUCGCACCUCAACGUCGGCUUCUUCAUCGGAAAGACCCACCAGGAUGUUGCUUGCAAUGAGAAUUCGCUCCAGACACUAAUUCCAGUAGACAGAUUCUUGUUGCGUUAUUGCCUCCAAAUAUUUUGCUUGUUGCUUUUCAGAUGCUGAAUUGUGCAAUUUGAUGAAGAUCGAUUGUAGUAAAUAUUGGAAGGCUAAUUCUUUAUGGGUAAAAUCAAAGCAACCUUGAGCCCCCUGAGAACUACAUGUUACCUUGUUCAUUUAUCAUGUGCCCUGUAACCAGUUAUAUAUAGAGGCAGGCUAAGUUUUAUGUUUACCUGAAGAACAUUAGUAGCAAAGCAAAGUGAUGGAUGUGGAAGGAAAAGCUUUGAAAGCAGGUGGUUCGAGUUCAAGUCCAGGUCUGGGUUCAUCUGGGAAGCGCAGAAAGACUUGUUGUUUGGCGGUGAUCGGCACUACUGUCGGCAUCGUAAUAUUAAUUGUCAUAUUGGCUUUCACGGUAUUCAAGGCCAAGCGUCCCGUGACAACGUUCGACGACGUAGGCAUCAAAGACCUCGACUUGUCUCUCGACAUUGCCAGGCUCACCGUGGACUUGAACGUCACUCUCGAUGUCGAUGUUUCCGUCAAGAACCCCAACAAGGUCGGCUUCAAGUAUUCCAACUCCACCGCCCUCCUCAACUACAGAGGCGAGCUCGUCGGUGAAGUCCCACUUCUCGCUGGUGAUAUAUCUGCCGGCGAAACCAAGCACAUGAACCUGUUGCUCACCAUCAUGGCCGACCGCUUGCUUUCCAACACUGAGAUUUACUCCGAUGUCACCUCCGGUGUCCUGCCCCUCAACACCUACAUCAGACUUUCUGGGAAAGUCAAGAUUUUUUUGUUUAGAAUACACGCCGUAUCAUCCUCAUCUUGUGAUUUCAACAUCUACAUCUCCAAUCGAACUAUCGACAAUCAAGGCUGCAAGUAUAAGACAAAACUUUAAAUAUAACUAGUAAAUACUCUUUUUGUUUCGUCCUUAUAAUGUAAUUUGAUUCAGAAUCUUGUUUCGUCCUUCAUUUUAUAUUUCACUCCACUAUUUUCA